AAAUAUUUCAUAGUGGCAAAAAAGGAGACCGCUCUGAUAUGUAUGCUUAGCAAACCAGUAAGCAGUUCCAUCAUCAAUUUUCAAGACAAAUGACAACCUUUUCAAAUCUCUUCUUUUUCUUCUGCAUUUUCAUCUCCUUAUCCUUGACAGAUGGCACCCAGAUCAUGCUAGUAAACAACUGUCAAGAAAGCAUAUGGCCUGGAAUCCUUGGUAGUGCAGGCCAUGAAAAUCCCAGAGAUGGCGGGUUCCAUCUCUCCUGCGGUGAACAGACAAUCCUGGAAUUACCUGAAAGAUGGUCAGGUAGAAUCUGGCCUAGACAAGGCUGUUGUUUUGACCAAACAGGCAAAGGUUCAUGUCAAACUGGAGAUUGUGCAGGGCUUUUACAAUGCAAAGGCAUUGGAGGCAAACCACCAGCAACUCUUGUUGAAAUGACACUUGGGGGUCCAACAUCUGCUUUACAUUACUAUGAUGUGAGUUUGGUUGAUGGAUUUAAUGUUCCUGUCUCAAUGGUGCCAAUAGGUGGUGGUGCGGGGUGCGGGGUCGCGGCUUGUGAGGCUAAUCUGAAUGUUUGUUGCCCUGCUGCCUUGGUUGUGAAGAAAGAAGGGAAAGUGGUUGGUUGCAAGAGUGCAUGUUUGGCCGCAAAAACAGAUAGGUAUUGCUGCACUGGGGAGUUUGCCAAUCCCAAAAGCUGCAAACCUACCAUUUUUGCUAAUCUUUUUAAGGCCAUUUGCCCCAGGGCUUAUAGCUAUGCUUUUGAUGAUUCUUCAAGUCUUAAGACUUGCAGGGCUCCUCGCUAUCUCAUUACAUUUUGCCCUCCUAAUUGAUGGUUAAAAGGAUAUGUUUACUGCAACUGAUGCUAAUCACCGGCUUUCAAUUGUGGUUCGAGUUUUUGCUCUGUCAUGAGUAAUCUAGAUUAGUAUAAUAGACUAGAAACUUUCCUAAAUUGUUAAAAUUGUGGCUUUAUUGUAUGUUCAUGUAUUGAUUUCAUGGUAGAUGAUCCUUUCUGUGAUUAUUCUUAUG